AUGGCAGCGAGCGCAACACCCACAAAUCAUGGCCCACAAACGAACGGACAUGUCAUACCUUUCAGUGCGCGCAAAUCUGCUGCGUUGGACCUGUCUACCGUGGAGCGACGUGGAGAACCCUCAGCUGUUCCGAACAUACGCAAAACGUCGCGGCCCUUUGGACUGGAAGAGGCGCCGACGUAUUACCCUACGGAGAAAGAAUGGGAGGAUCCACUGGCAUACGUUAUGAGCGUAGCCCCAGAGGCGUCAAAGUAUGGCAUCAUGAAAGUCAUCCCUCCGGACACUUGGCUCCCAGAUCUGGCGAUUGAUACUGAGAAAUUCCACUUCAAAACUCGCCGACAAGCACUAAACUCUGUUGAGGGUGGAACACGUGCGAACGGUAACUAUCUGGACCAACUUCAAAAAUUCCACCGAAAUCACGGGACAAACUUGAACCGCUUCCCUAGUGUAGACAAGCGUCCGCUUGACCUGUACAAGCUUAAAAAGGCCGUCGAAUGUCGUGGCGGCUUCGAAAAGGUCUGUAAGGGCAAGAAAUGGGCCGAGAUUGGUCGCGACCUAGGCUACAGUGGCAAGAUCAUGUCAUCCUUGUCAACCUCACUGAAAAACUCAUACAGCAAAUGGCUGCUCCCUUAUGAAGAAUGGCUGAAGCAUUCGAAGCCUGGUGUCCAGAGACAGAUGGAAUUCGAGAAUGGUGGUCCAUACACACCUUCACCAUCGCCCAUGAAAAAGAUGUCACAACAUGCAACUCCUACGCCUGGGUUUCAGGACGACUCGCCAGCGAUGAAGGCUUCAUCGGCACUACAGACAUCCCUACAGAAUGCACAUGUUCCAACGAGCGCUCCGGAACCACGCCUUUCGUCAGGUUUCACCGCAGUCAACGCUGGGGGAUUCACGGCAGUGAACGCUCAUGUCGCUCCUGUGAAUGCCACAAGCUCUUUCUCGGCGAUCAAUUCUCCAGCAAACGGUCCUAUUCGCGAUAGCGAGCAAUCUACGCCGAUGCGAUGUAUCGAGAGCCCCAGGACAUCCGCGAACACUCCCGAUAUGCGACCAUCAGUAUUUGGUACAUCGACCCCCCUUUCGAACGGGCACGGUAACUCGAAACGGCCAUUUUCCUCUAUGGAAGACGACACCCUUGAUCCCGACAGCGCAGAUCGGCGGAGCAAGCGUAUAAAAAAAGAAGCUGCCCCUACCAUAACUGGCUCUCACAUGACGCAGCCUCGUACGCAAACGCCACGGUUUUUCAAUCCGCGUGAUCGAUCAAAACACAGGCCAGGCGAUAACUGCGAGAUAUGCGAUAUUAACGAGGUAGCUGGAGAUAUGGUUCUCUGUGAUGACUGCGAGGGUGGCUAUCACAUCAAGUGUCUGGAUCCUCCCCUAUCUGCUGUGCCUACGACUGAGUCUUGGUUUUGCGCAAAAUGCCUUGUGGGAACAGGCGAAUUCGGUUUCGAAGACGGUGGCAUAUAUUCACUGAAGCAAUUUCAGGAAAAAGCCAGAAACUUCAAGGACAAUCACUUCGCCUCGAAGCAGCAUUUCGACCCUAUACUUAACCAGAGGCGGCAGGUGUCAGAGGAUGAAGUUGAACGGGAGUUCUGGAGACUUGUAGAUGAUGUCCAGGAGCAGAUCGAGGUGGAAUACGGUGCCGAUAUUGGGUCCGCAACACACGGAAGCGGUUUUCCAACUGUUGAAAAACAUCCGCGAGACAAGUAUGCAAGAGAUCCUUGGAACUUGAAUCGACUACCGUUUGUGCCGGAUUCGCUCUUCAGGUAUAUCAAAAGUAAUAUCUCAGGCAUGACACAGCCUUGGUUGUACGUUGGCAUGGUCUUCUCCACAUUCUGUUGGCAUGCCGAAGAUCACUACACAUAUUCUGCCAAUUACCAGCACUUCGGUGCAACGAAGACUUGGUAUGGCAUUCCCGCUGAUGACGCUGAAAAGUUCGAGGAGGCAAUGAAAGCAGCUGUGCCGGAACUUUUCGAAAGUCAACCAGAUUUACUUUUCCAGUUGGUCACCCUUCUGACGCCGGACCAUCUCCGCAAAGCAGGUGUAAGAGUUUAUGCACUCGACCAACGAGCUGGACAGCUCGUAAUCACUUUCCCUCAAGCAUAUCACUCUGGGUUCAAUCACGGGUUUAAUAUGAACGAAGCUGUCAAUUUUGCUCCCUCUGAUUGGGAGCCUUAUGGCGAGGCUGGUGCUCUACGACUUCAAGACUUUCGCAGAGAUGCAUGUUUCUCCCAUGACGAGCUUCUCAUGAAUGCCGCAUCCCAAAAGGAUAUCACGAUCAAAACAGCCAAGUGGCUGGCACCUGCUCUGCAAAGAUUACUGGACCGUGAGCUCAAGAUUCGCCACGAUUUCACCACCAAACACCACGAGAAGUGGAACCAAAGAGUGGUUCACCUCAAUGGUACUGGAGUCACCAGCAGCGUCGAAAGCGAACCCUGCCGAGUACCUGUCGAGCUUAGGGAGGACGAGGUCUUCGAUGGGGAGAGCCCUUCUUGCGCGUAUUGCCACACGUAUACAUAUCUAUCCCGCAUGCACUGUCUAAGAAGCGAGAGUCUUAAUAAGGACAAGAAAGACCCGGACUACAAGCCUACCUACGUCUGUCUCAUACACGCGGGAGCAUAUGAAUGUUGCGACAUGAAAGAGGAGGAACGCUUCCUUGGUAUUCAACAUGCGAUCAUCCACCGCUCAACAAACGAAUCGCUACAGUCCGUCGUGGAUAAGGUCACAGAGAAGGCUCAUUUGCCAGAAGCAUGGGCCGAGAAACUCGACAAGUUUGUCGAAGAUGAACCGAAACCCUCAUUGAAGGGUCUGAAAUCGCUACUUGCAGAAGGCGAGAAGAUCCAAUGGGACCUUGAACCGCGGCUUUCUGACUUACGCAGAUCUGUCGAUCGAUAUAACGAAUGGGUCGAAGAAGCCAUGGGAUAUAUUACCCGGCGACAGCAAAACCGCCGCAAGAACGACCGCGUCUGGCGUAAAGGCAACUCCUCCAAAGCUGCCGAAGAAGAACGAGAACGCGAGCGCGACUAUCGAAAUAUCAAAAACAUUACCCGGCUUCUGGAGCAAGCAGAAGAACUCUCAUUCGAGUGUCCUGAAAUCACAACCCUCAAAGAGCGGGCAGAAAGUAUCGCUGAGUUCCAAGUUAAGGCAAAGAUUGCGCUGACUCAGCAGAUGAGCCACAGCGGUGCACACUCACUCGAUGAAUUAGAAGAGCUCGUAGAGUUGGGAAGAGGCUUCAACGUCGAUAUCCCUGAGGUCGAAAUGCUGGAUAAUCUUGUACAACAGUUCAAAUGGGAUAAAGAAGCACGAGAGAAGCAUGAAAUGCCCUUGACUAUGCAGCAAGUCGUCGAUUUUCUGGUAGCAGGUCGCGAACUUGGAAUACCUGAGACCAACGAGCACUACAGCUUUUACGAAGAGCAAAAACGUCAAGGAGAAAUGUGGAACGCAAAAGCUCUAGAGCUCAUCGAAGUCGAAACUGUUCACUACCAACAACUAGACGCCCUUGCCAAGCAAGCAAGGAAUAUACCAGUCAUCCCCGAGACGUUCAACAAAAUCGAUGCAAUACUCAAGAAACAGCGCGAAGCACAGGAGCAGAUCAUUACGCUAUACGAAAAAACAAGGAGUUCCGACGUCGCAGAUCGUCCUACAUAUAAAGAGGUUUGCGAGGUCAUGAGUGCUCUGAGUGAAUUGAACAGCAAACCUCCCGGGACACUUGAUUUGGAGAAGGAGCAGAAGCGCCACGAGGACUGGAUGCGACGUGGCAAAAAGCUUUUCGGUAAAGCUAACGCGCCUUUGCACAUCUUGCAUUCCCACAUGAAACUUGUUGAGGAGAAAAACCGAGCUUGCUUCGACAUCGAAGACCAGCCUCGCGGCCCCGUUGAGCCUGCUUCCCGAGAGCAAACCCCUGUUGACGAUCGAGACGAAGAAAGAGAUAUUCGAGAUGUGUUCUGCAUCUGUCGGAAGUCGGAAGCCGGAAUGAUGAUCGAGUGUGAAUUAUGUCAUGAAUGGUAUCAUGGCAAGUGCCUCAAGAUUGCACGAGGUAAGGUCAAAGAAGACGACAAGUAUACUUGUCCCAUCUGCGACCACCGUGUGAAGAUUCCACGUGAUGCUGCGCGGCCUAAGCUGGAGGAUCUCCAGCAAUGGCAAGACGACAUAGAGAAUCUUCCGUUCCAGCCUGACGAGGAAGAAACCUUGGAAGCAAUCAUACAGCACGGCCAGAACUUCCGAAAUUACGUGCAGAGGUAUACCAAUCCUACGGCGUUUACCUGGGAUGAAGGUACAAUUUUGAGGUUUUACCUCAGGAAGCUCGAAGGCGCCGACAUAUUACUUGCUAGUGAGACAAAUUACUUCCGCCAAGAGCUUCACAAGUUCUGUCCGGUUGCAGACAGGCCACCACCCAUGAUCGAAGUGUCUCUGUCUACUCGCAAACCACGACCAACAAAGCAGCAGAAGCUCAUGGCCGAAUAUGGAGUCAACAGUCUUGAAGAAUUGCCAGCACACGUCCGCCCCAAGGGUUCACAGCUCAAGCGAAAGCAUAGUGAUAGCUCAGGUUUUCGACAACAUAUGGAACCCGCAGAACCAUCGACGACGCCUCCCGGCAUGCCACCGUCAAUGGAAGCCAACACAACCAGCUAUUUUGAAAAUAGCCACAACCCCGCGGCGUCAUCCUUUCACAAUUCCCCUAUCUUCACCUCAGCCUCGACUUUUAACGUGACAUCUCCCGGUCCUUUCUCUGCCUCCAGGACUCUCCAAGGCGAGUCUGCCACUAUGUUUGACAGCCCAAACGUUCCGUUCGGCAGCUCUGGCUCCGGUGGCCUCGAGAAUAUCUUCAACGACGACACUCACACUCAGAUCGCCGAUUCCACCACGUUGCAAUUCGGCAGCGAGAUGGACACCGUGGAGCGGACCAACGAUGUAGACGAGUUCCUAGCCACUGGUGGGGACUGA